AUGUUUACAGCGAAUGGAUGGGUCAUCUCACUUGUUUGCUGUUUGCUCGUGUCGGGUCAAGGCCUAGUAUUUGCAAACAUGUUGAUGGCAUCUGUUCGGGAUUCGGUGGUAGUCGCUACUUCUCCCACUUUCUUCGAGCACUCAUCAUACAUGAACAAUUACAUCACACUCUUCAUUCAGCCACCAACAACCUCACAAUCACGCUCUACUAGUAGUAGACCAGCAAUGAAAAAUCACAAUAACAAUUGCACUAGCAUGACACAACCAUGUAGGUCCAUUUCCGAAGCCAUUCAAGUUCUUUUGAAUUUGACAACUUCCACGAGUGAAAUUUCUGCACAAUUUGUGCUAUUGAGAACACAAAAUGGUAGUUUGAACUAUGGACUAGAUCAAUGCAAAGUUCAAGAUGAAGUGUCAGCAAAAUUGACUCAAAUUCAUGAAUUACAAAUCACAUCGUACAAUGCUUCUGAGGUCAUUGUGUUGAAUUGUGAAAAUGAACCUCUAUUUAGAAGAGUACCGAUUAGAAAACUAUAUUUUCACACGAUUCAAUUGGAUUCCAUUGUUUUUCGAUUGCAUGUACCUACUCAUAUGGAAAAGGUAAUAUUUUCAAAUGUGAACAUGUCAAAUAUUGAUUUGUUGGAUGAAUCCUACAAUUCCAAUCCAACCAAUCCAAAAGAGGAGAGGGAAUUGAGGAUUGUGUCCUGUCGAGUCACAUAUUCAAAAUUUGCUUUGGAAAAAGGAAGAUUUUUUUCUUUAGAGGACUCGAGUGUGAACGAUAGUGAAUUGUCAGCUGCGAUCCACGCAAAUGUGUCGAUCACAACAUCCAAGUUGGAAAGAUUCAGCUUUCACACACCUAAAAACUCUGGAGUUGCUCAAGAUAAUCUUUUUUUCGUGAUCAGAGCUUCUCAAUUACGAGAUUCUGCAAUUUCACUCUUUGAAUUUUCAUCUAUUUUAUUUGAAGAUGUGGGCUGUUAUGGAAAGAAAAUCCGUAUUGAGUUAAUGUUUUCUUCGAAUUCACAACUACGAAGAGUUACAGCUAGAGAUGUACAAUUUUACAUGUUACUGAAUGCAAUUACCAACCUCUCCUUCGAAAAUUGUGCAUUUGUGAAUUUGUACAGCACUCUUCCUUACGACCAAUUUUUAAUUAAUAUUAUGGGAAGUUCAUUAGUGACACUACAUUCGACUCAUUUCGAAUACAAUCAUGUUCCAUCAUUGCUAUUUGAUAAUGUAAUUACAGUGCAUAUAAUUGAUACGGUCUUUAAGAACAAUAGAAGUCCUUGUGUGAGUGCAAAAAUGAUGGGACUCAUUGGAGAAACACACGUACUCAUUCUUGCAUCGAUUUUCAAAGAUAGUUAUUGUAAAGCCAAGCUCGGCCAAUCAUGCAAUGGAGGAGGUCUCUAUCUUGAGUCUUACAUCGUGGACAUUCAAAAUUCACUGUUUGCCAACAAUUCAGCAACCAAUGGAGGAGGACUUUUUGUCGUGACCGAAAAUUUAAACAUACAAAACGUGUCACUCGUGAAUAAUCAUGCUUACUCAAACGGAGGUGCCUUUUAUAUUUACGACUCUUACAAGCUAAAUAUUGAUAAUGUUCUAUGUGAAAAUAAUACUGCUUCCUAUGCUGGUGGAUGUUUGUAUACGGAACGUUCAGAAAUUGUUAGGAAGAGUAAUUUCACAGAGAUUGGAAAUAAGGCGUCUUCAUAUGGCAGCAAUACAGCAAUGAUAUUGGAUAACAUUGAUUAUGAAGUUUGGGUUCACUACUCUCCUCAAAACAUUUCUAAAUUUGGGCACCAUGAAACACCUCAACUUUACAUCUAUCCUGGACAAGUCAUUCCACAAGUACAACUCUUACUAUGGACAGGUCAGUAUUCAGAACGUGUAAAGUUUUUGGAGAAACACAUUACAUGUGCUUUGAAACCACAAUAUUCCAAACAAGCUAGUCUAUAUUUUAUGGACAGUUCCGACAAUUCUACACUAUUAAUACGAUCUCUCUCAGUAUUUCUCAAACAACCUAACUUUGGAGAUGUUCUAGCAAGCAUUUUCAUUAACCGUGUGGGUGUGUAUGACAAGAACAUUCAACCCUAUGAAAUUUCUAUGAAUAUUCAUGUACUUCCGUGCCCUGAUGGAACAGUGCUCACGUGGAGUCAGAAUUCCAUUGAGGAAUUUUUCACAUGUAUAGAUGUUGCUAACACGGAGGUCCUUGCAUCCUAUGCAUUUCUUAUUGGUAUGGCUUCCUUGGCUACAAUUGUGAUCUCCUCUGUUGUUUUGUCAUGUCUCUGUUUGAUAUUUCGAUUGGUGAGAAAUACUGUUAGAAAAUUGAAAAGAUUGGAACGGAAAGAAAAUGCAGAAAAGAGAAUGGAGUCAAAAUUGAUGGAAAAGAGUAUUCUCUUAACCAACGAAGAUGACGAAGAUGGAGAAGACAUAGAAACAAACAUUGAUUCUCAAACCAUCUCCAAGAGGAUGAACAAUGAACGAACGAAAGAAAAUACUCCUCUACUUGCCAAAGUGAACACUUGUGAUGAACAGUCUGUCGCUUCAACAAAAUCAAAAAAGAAAACUCAAAACAAGAAGAAAGUCUAUUCGUGGAUGAUUUCAGUUGAUGAAAUUGAGAUUAUUAAAAGAAUAGCUGAAGGAGCGAAUGGAACAGUUUAUCUUGCCAAUUGGAAUGGAACUAAGGUUGCCUUAAAAACUCUUAAAUAUGACGAAGAAAACAAUGUGAACACUGACGAUAAUCAUGAAGAUGAUGAGUUUGAGAGGGAAGCAUCACUUUUGGGAAGUAUUCGACAUCCAAAUAUUGUUCAAUUCUUUGGUGUAAUAAUUGCUGGAUCUAAAAAGUAUAUGGUUGUAGAAUAUUUAGAAAACGGAAGUCUUGACAAGUUGAUUUACAAUGUCAAGUUAGGAAUGGAAAGAAUUACAUUGCAUCAAAAAAUUGAUAUAUUACUUGGAGUUGCAAAAGGAAUGAAUUAUUUACAUUCAUUGAAGCCUCGUGGAAUUAUUCAUCGAGAUUUAAAACCUGGAAAUAUUUUAUUGGAUCAACAUGUUGCCAAAAUUUGUGACUUUGGAUUAAGUAAGACGGAGAGUGAUACAAGUUCUGCCACGACAAAUAUUGGAACUCUUUUUUAUAUGGCCAACGAAAUGGUUGAAGGAAAGUCCACUUACAAUCACAAAGUUGAUAUUUAUAGUUUUGCAAUUAUCAUGUGGGAAUUAUUCUUUGAGGAAAAUCCUUAUUUAAAUGCUCAUUGUGAAAAGCUUCACAAAUAUAGGCAAAGACAUGCUGACAAAUCUACCAGUUCAGCUGUGAAUAUUCUGUUCCGAGUAAUGAAUGGAGAACGUCCCAUCAUACCUUUUGACGACGAUGAUGAAAUGAAGGAAUGGAUUUCUGAAUUCAUUCUUCCCAAUUAUGGCGGCAAUAAUUCGAAACAUGUGAACAAAUCCGAGUCAUGCUCUGUUGAAGUAUUAUGUGACAUGACUCGAGAAUAUUUAAAUCUCAUGAAACAAUGUUGGAAUGGCAACGACAGAGAGAGACCAGAUUUUAACGAAAUUUGUAUCAAACUCUCAAAGCUUGUGUCCAUGCCAUUCAAUGAAGUACAACAUCAAAGUCAUUGA